GUCUGCUUUAUCAGCAGCACACUGCGCAGAACGCAGUGCUCCUUUCCUGCCGCUACAGCUCACUGAAAUCUCCGGGUUACAGGUGGGCCCUUAUGUCAGUUCUGACGUCUCGGUACUCCGGACGCGCCCAAGUUAUCCAUCACCGACACAUUGAUAGUAACAAGGAGAAAGGGCGAUUCCUGGUUGAAGCGGCCGAUUCGCUGCUAUGGAUGCGUUAAGGUUUGCGUGUUGCUGUCAGAUCGUGAACGAGUAGCCUGAAAGUGACGGGUAGGCGCAUUUAUUCGAAUAUUACAGGGGGACGGCUCAGCUUCCUUUACCUUUCCCUGAAGACUAGUGAAGGAAUCUGAACACACUUCAGUUAACUAUGGCGAGUGAUGACAAAGUUGCUAUCCUUUCUGAUGAUGAAGAGGACCAGAAAAGAAAGUAUAUUCUUUCUGAACCUUUCAACACUGUGUCAACAGAAGCAAGGAAUGACCCACCAACUAAUCCUACCCAUUUGGAAACAGAAGCAACAGAAACAGAGGAACAGGAUUGGUUAGAGAGACGCUGUAUAAAAAUAAGUAAUGACCUUCUUAUUUCCAAAGUGUUUUACUUCUUCUGUUACUCUGGGUAUGGAUCAUUGUACCCAUUGUUACCUGUAUAUUAUAAACAGCUUGGUAUCUUGGCCAGCCAAGGUGGACUUCUCAUGGGAAUAAUGUAUUUUAUUGAAUUCUGCAGUGCACCGUUCUGGGGAGUCAUAGCAGAUCGAUUUAGAAAAGGCAAAAUUGUCCUUCUCUUUUCAGUCAUGUGUUGGAUUGCCUUCAACCUGGGAAUUGGUUUUGUGAAACCUGCCUCCAUGAAGUGUGAGUCAAAGAAUCCAGUGCCUACCACAUCAGCUUCAAAUUUCUCUACUCUUUCAGCAUUACCCACGACUGCAUCUACAAACCACUUUGACUCAACCGAGUCGAAUAAAAGUCGGGUGCAGAGGGAGACUUUCACAAGCCAACCUUUUGGAUACAUGGGUAAUCUUAGCGCUUCAUUUACCUCGGUCAGUUCAGAAGAAGGUCAUGUUUUACAGAAAAGAGCUGUUCCAAGUGCUGAGAAUUCAACAGCAACCAUAAAUGCCAACAGGAUGUCAUAUUUCACCACGGCCAGCAGUACAUCCGCCAAAACUCUCCAGCCCACCAAAUUGAUCACUUAUGACUCGGCAGAAGUUGAAAAUAUUUUCUUACUAAUAUUGUUGGUGGUUAUCGUUGGAGAAUUUUUCAGUGCACCAGCAGUCACUAUCGUAGACACUGUUACCCUGCAGUACCUUGGUAAACACAGAGAUCGCUAUGGAUUGCAGCGAAUGUGGGGUUCCUUAGGAUGGGGCAUUACCAUGCUGGCAGUUGGCAUCUCAAUUGACCACACGCACAUUGAGGUUUCUGUUCAGGGUCAGGGCUGUCAGAUACCUGAUUACAAGAAUUACAGGAUAACCUUUAUUGUUUUUGGAGUUUUAAUGUCCAUAACACUAAUUGUGUCAACCCAAUUCAGAUUUGACUACAGUCACUUAAAACCUGACGAAAAUAAAAGUAAAGAAUUUAUUGAAAUUCAACGAGUGGCUCAUAAUCCUUCAGUGGAAGAUUCUGGAGUCACAAAUAAUGCUGAAGAAUCCAAGAGUACAGGAACGAAAACAUUUGAAUUUAGGCAGCUCCUGAGAAUAAUUUGCAGUGUGCAAUAUGGUUCUGUACUAUUUGUGGCCUCGUUCAUGGGCUUUGGUUAUGGCUUUGUGUUUACAUUCCUCUACUGGCAUCUGGAAGACUUGAAUGGGACAACUACACUUUUUGGAAUCUGCUCAGUCCUCAGUCAUGUAUCAGAACUGACUGCUUACUUCUUCAGUCACAAGUUCAUUGAACUGGUCGGUCACAUUAGGGUAUUGUACGUUGGCCUGGCCUGUAACACGGCUCGUUUCUUGUAUAUAUCUUAUUUGGAAAAUGCAUGGUAUGUGCUCCCCAUGGAGGUGUUACAAGGUGUUACCCAUGCAUCUGUAUGGGCUGCAUGCAUCUCCUAUCUCAGUGCAGCUGUACCUCCCGCAUUAAGGACUUCUACCCAGGGAAUUUUACAAGGACUGCAUUUGGGUUUGGGCCGAGGCUGUGGUGCCAUGGUAGGGGGAGUAAUGGUAAAUGCCUUUGGUGCUGCACAAACAUUCCGUGGAAUUGGUAUGGCCUCUCUCGUGAUUCUCCUACUGUUUGCCUUGAUCCAAUGGCUAGCAGUGCCUGAUGAAGAUGAAGAGAAGAUGCUUGCAGAACGGAUUCCAGUUCCAUCAAGUCCUGUUCCCAUAGCAACCAUUGAUCUUGUACAACACCACUCGGAUAGUAUGAUGCCCCACCUUGAAACCAAACGUCCUCUAAAAAAGACAAAAUACCAAGAGGAGCAGGGAGAUGUUACAAAACCUGCCUGGGCCAUCAGUUCAUCGCCAUGGGUCACAAUCGCGUUUGCCUUUUAUCAGGUUAUGGAGAUGGUAAAGUUAGCGAAGACAAAUGCAACUAUUGAGCAUCAAGUGCUACAGGAAGAAAAUGAUUGUCCACUAGCUGCAGACACCUGGCCGGUUGGGCGCCCUUCAAAUCCUAAACCAUCACCCACUUCCAAGAAGCAGGAAAAGGUAGAAGUCCCAGUAACUAUCUCUGAACCUGAUAAGAUCAGCAUCAGCUCCACACAAGGCACUGAGAAUGGACUGAACCAGUCAGAUUUGCCUUGGAAUUUAAUGCCACUGCCAGGAAAUGGGAAGCAGAACCUUGAACCAGAAUUGCCUCAGCAAACAAGCACUGUUCCAAAAUGUCAAAAAGGUGCCUCAUGAUGGUCAAAUUUAAAGAUUGCAAAGCACUUGCAUUGAAAAAAUGGAUUCAUAAUUUUCCGUGAUGAAUGUUUUAAAAAAGAAAGCACAGGAAAGUUUCUGAAGAAUAGGUCUGCAAUAUUUCCAGAUCAUCAUUAAGACCCUGAUGGCUAAUCUUGUAAAUUUCAGAAAUUAUAAGGUUCUACAGCACAUUUCAGUGUAUUUAGAGCAUCAAUAGCAGAAUUUAAGUGCCUGUUUGUACAUGAAGGUCAUUACAUUGUCCGCUCAAAACAUUCACAUGAAUUCUUAAAACCAUGCAUUGAAACGGUUUAAAAAGUAGCUGAAUUGCUGAACUAUUGGGAUUAUACUGUCAAACGGAGGUGCAAUUGCAGUACACUAAAAAGCAAUUAAGGAAACGUUGAACGUCUGAGUGCAAGUGGUUUUAUCAUGGUGUAGUCAGUUCAGAAUCUGUAUUGUUAUGUUGAAUUGGGAUUAUCAAGCAGAAUAGCCACUGAUGUCUGUCAGUUAGUCUGUGUUAAAAUUAGCUUGAGGCAUCUUUUGAGUAAGAGAUCACCAGAGAGUUCAUUGUAGAAGCCAUCUUCUUUCGACAAGAUGUUGUUGUAGUCGGAUACGUGGUCUGAGGGAGGAAAGAACUGAAUAGCAAAGCUCACCUGUAUGUUAAUAGUUUUCUUAAAUUCAACAUGUAGCCACUAUUUAUACCAGGAUUCGAGAACCAGCCCAACUUUCAUUUAAAAUUUGUAAUUUAAUACAUUUAAAUUUCAUCUCCAAGUUCCUCUGUAAAUGUUGUGCAGGCAGUUAAAGCUUGUAGUGUAUUUUAAUGGAGAUAUUUCUACUUCUGAAGAUUGUCAAUAAAGGUAGAAUAUUUUUAGUUUAAUUUAAAUUAUUGAAGCAAACUGGCUGAAACUAAACUAUUAACCCAAAACUCAAAGUAGAGUAAUUAACAAGUUAUUUAGCACUUCUCAUUCACUUAUGUUUGGACAAGGGCAAAAGGAAAAAGUUAUCCAGUUGUAAAAUGUCUACAGGUUAUCUGUUCUCACACAAACUCAGAUACCAUGCUUCCAAAUCUUCACAUCAUCUUUGCUUAAAUGUAAACUUUAAAUCUGUCACCAAAUUGUCUUGAUGCACACCUUUACAGUAAAACUCAACUGAAGGUCAGGCUAUUUUGUGUAUUCUGUAAAAACCCAACUGGGAUAUAUCUAUGCAUACCAAGCUUUUGAAUCAGCUAAACACAGUCAGCUGUUUACAGUGUUACACUACUGAGUCAGCCUGAGUAAAUUAAAUACAGAAUUUGAAAUGCAGGACCUCUCCUGAAAAUUUCUACUUUGAAUUAUACAACUAAUCCUUGUUUUAAAGAUGAAAAAUUAGAGACAUACUAUUAAAUUGAUCAACAAGGCCAAACAGUAUGGUAUUGGCAGGGGUAGGCAUGCGGAAUUGGGGUCAAAAUUGAAAAAAAAAAGGAAUUGGACUACAAGGAAAGUUUGGCAUCUCUUAUUCAUUUCCUGACACUUGGCAAGAAGACACCCCAUGAAACCUCUCAUCAUGCCAUUGGUGGCAGUUGUGGGAAACCCACAGGCAUUUCAAAAGAAAUAAGGUUUAUUUUUAAGCUUUACUAUUUUAUCCAGGUUCGUCUGAAUUGCCUCCUAGGUAUUAAAGGCCUAAAAGCAUAGCGAAUUGUCAUUAUCAAUUUUCAAAACUGAGGAUGGACCUAUUUUUGCUCAAAUGUAGGGUGCUUUGUUGUGUUGUCUGUACAAUUGUUAGUGCCUUCAAUGUAUUACAAAUAGCACUAUGUAUAAAAUAUAUUGAUUUUGUGUGGGCUCUUGGCUGGUGAAACUUUUAGAUUGUUUCUAAACAAUGUGGAGAUGUAAAUUAUGUUACUGAAUUGUACAUUAUCUUAGUGCUGAAAGAACUGCUUAUAUUAAAUUUGAAUUUAUUAAUAAAAUGCUACAUAAAAA